UGGUUUGCUCUGGAGGAUAUACAGCACGGUGAAGUUCAUCUUAAGCUCCAGUGGUUUUCCCUUCAGACUGACACCAGCCUGAUGAAGGAGUCCACCGACAACCUUGCCUGUGCUAUGCUUGCAGUGUAUCUGGACAAUGCCACUGAUCUACCAAAAGAUGGCCGUGAGGCUGCAGACCGUCAUAAACAUGGGAAGAACCCCAAAGAAGAACGGCUCACAAAGAGAGUCGCCUGCCCCAACUCCUUUGUUGAAUUUUCCAUUGACAAGGAUGUUAAGAAAAGCAAGGUUGUGUAUGCUUCCAAAGACCCGGUGUGGGAGGAGGGCUUCACCUUCUUUGUGCGUAACGUCAAAGCGCAGCAGCUCUCUAUUCAGGUCAAAGAGCCUGAGAAGAAGAAUCCACUCGGUGUUCUCAACUUGCCCCUCAGUCGCCUCCUCAACACCUCCAACCUGACUCUAGACCAGCGCUUCCUGCUGGAGCGCUCUGGAGCAACCAGCCAGAUCAAACUGAAGGCCACUCUGAGGAUUCUUAAAUUGGAAGAGCCUCCACCCAAGCCUAUCGUCAAUCCUCCUUCAGAAGUCAAACAGCAACAGACCAAACAAGCAGGGAAUACCUCAGUCUCCAAUCCCUCCAACGCUCCAUCCUCUUCUAACGCAGUUUCCUCCAAAGAAAUUCCUGUUGUCUCUACUCCGAAACAAGUGCCAACUUCACCAAAUGAAGGUUAUUUAGCUCAACGCCGUGGCUCCUUCCAGGCGCCUGAAAACAGGAAGGAAUCAUCGUCAUCAGCAAACUUGCGUCGGUUCGACUCUCACAGCCUGCUAUCGGAGAACUCUAUUGCUUCAUCACGAUUCGACCUGUCAGAUGGAGCCACCUAUCCCGAGGCCAUUAGGAAUCAUCAGGGUUCGUUUGGAGAGAUUGAGCUGGUUAUACGCUACGCAACCCUGAGACAUAAGCUUGUUGUCAUUGUUAACAGUUGCAGGAACCUAUUCCCCUGCAGCGAGAAUGGCACAGACUCUUACGUCCGCCUGUAUCUCCUCCCCGACCAAACCUGGAAGCAUCGUAAGAAGACGCAUGUCAAGAAGAGGACAACUAAUCCUGUCUUCAAUGAAAAGGUUGAGUUUGACGUCUUACUCGAGCAAGCACAAACUAGGAAGUUGGAUGUAUCUGUGAAAAAUAACAAGAUGUUGGUUUCCAGAGAGAGAAAGGACAUUGGCUCGAUAAUAAUAGAUCUAUCAGAAAUGGAUCUAGUCAAAGGCAUCACAGCGUGGUAUGAGCUCACUCUACCCGGGCUGAAGAAGUGAGUGUAACAUGUACAACUGAGAGAAACUUCAGCUUGAAAAGCUGCUGCUGCAACCGCUGCAGAGAAAAUGACAGACGUUCAUACUCCUUACUCAUCCGAAACACAGCAAACCAAGAUUUAUUUGUGUGUGUGUGUGUGCUUUUUUUUUUU